GGAGAACUUGGUCUUUCACCAUGCUGAAUUGAACUGACAGGUAGUUAUCUACAGAAGAUACUGGAAAUGUGGGUGAGGUUUUUUCUUUGGACAGGAAAGGUCUGGAGGAGAUUUGUAAGGUGUUACCUACUGAUGGCAGUAUAUAAUCUGUUUGCAGACAGCGUUAUGCAGACUGGGCGAGGCGAGGUAGGAGGAACAAGGACAUGGUCCUUUGAAACUCUGAGAAGGCUGGGAGGUGGAAAUCUUACUGAGGGAGCAGUCAGAAAGGUGGGAAAGAGUCAGGGCCUGGCAGCACAGACUUCUGCAGGAGCAGCUGGUUUGGCUUACAGCACAGAGCAGCCUGUUGGCACAUGAACCCAGCCCCUUUUCAAUGAAACUGAGCAAAAACCUGCUGCAGCCACUCAUGGGCAUUGGGACCAGUUGAGCAGACUGGUGCUACCCCAAAGCACCUGCAUCAGGUGUGGAACAGACAGGGGACCCUUGGUGCUGUGCUGGCAUCACCAUGAGCAUGGCUUGGGGGCAGGAGCAGGACAAGUACAUCGGGGUGGGGAUGGAAACCGGGUACAAGAGGUGGGAGCUGAACUGCUGAGGGUGUAAACCCAAACGCAGGAGGGAGUGCACCAGCACUUCUGAAUGCACUGGCUGACCAUCGGCCAGGACUUGCAGAGGGAUGAGGAGGCGAAGCUGGAGAGCCACCCCUGUGGAAGUCAGCGGUGAGGGCUAAGAGCCGCCACUGAGGUGAAAGGAGGGGAAAGGCUCAGCGACGGCGGGUUCAGGAGUGGAGAGGAACCUACUCUGCUGAAGACCUCUGGGGGAGAGCCCGCCAUGUUUGGUGUCUCCAUAGCAACUGGCAGGCGGGCGCCGCCAUCUUGUUUACUAUCACCAUAGCAACGAGCCCGCCCGGGCCGGAGGCGCCAUCUUGUUUGGUGUCUCCACAGCAACGAGAGCGGCCGGGCCGGAGCCAUGGCGGGCAGGGGGCGGUUGGAGGAGCUGGAGCUCAGCGCCGAGGAGACGGAGCGGCUCCAGCGGGCUUUCCGCGACAAGCAGUUCCAGGCGCUGUUCGCCGAGUACGCGGCGGAGCUAGCCGACCCGGAGCAGCGCCGGCUGUACGAGGAGGAGGUGGCGGCCCUGGAGCGGGAGCGCGGCAUGGAGGUGCGCUUCGUCCACCCCGAGGCAGGCUACGUGCUGCGCACCAGCCAGGCCGGCUCCCGCCGCUGCUACCUCAACGUCUGCAGCAACCCGCACGUCGGGGCGCCGCAGGCCCGCGCCGAGCCCGGCGGCCAUCGCUGGGCCCUUCCCUACAGCCUGGCCCCGGGCCGUGAGGAGCUGGACCGCGGCGGCCGCCGCCGCCUGGUCUACGACGUGGUUUUCCACCCGGCGGCCCUCCGCCUGGCCGCCCGCAGCGCCCGGUUCCGCCGCCUGCUCAGCGACACGGCGCUGGAGGCCGUGGAGCGCCACUGCGCCGUGCAGCUCGACCGCGCCAACGCCGCCGUCCUCCGCGGCACCAAGUACAAGGGCGUCCCGCAAGCGCCCGUCAUCCGCACCCCGCUGCCCGGCGCCGCCCCGCCGCCCGCCGCCGCCGACUCCCCGCUGCCGCCCUUCCCCCUCCCGCCGCCCGCCGCCCCGCCGCCGCCCGCCACCGCCCCGCCGGCGGCCCAGCCCCCCGGCCCCACCGCGCCGCGCUGGAGCAUCCGCCACCGCUCCUACGUGGACCUGCAGGACUACCGCUGCUGCCGGGACUCGGCGCCCAGCCCCGUGCCGCGGGAGCUGGUGGUGACGGUGGAGCUGCCGCUGCUGCGCUCGGCCGCCCAGGCCACGCUGGAGAUCCGCGGCCGGGAGCUGCGCCUCGACUCGCAGCGUCCCGCCUACCGCCUGCGCCUCCGCCUCCCCUACGACGUGGACGAGAGCGGCGGGCGGGCCACCUUCAACAGGGCCCAGCGGCAGCUGCUGGUCACGCUGCCCGUGCUGCCGCCACCCGCCCCGCAGGAGCCGCCAGGCCCGGCCGCCGAGCGGCUGGAGGAGGCCGAGCCCGGGGCGGAGGCGCUGGGCCAGCCGUCGGCGGCAAAGGCGGGCGGCGCGGCGGCCUCUCCCGCGGGCCCCGGCGACGGGCAGCCCGCCGAGCCACCCGCGGGCCCCGACCCAACGCCGCCCCGCUCCGGCGCCGCCUUCCCCGCCGCGGGUGCCGGCCUCGGCGGGGCCGCCCCUCCGUGCCCUCCCGAGGGCCCGGCCCCGCAGGCCGCAGAGGGCAGCCCCGGCGAGAUGGCUCUUCCCCGGGGCGCCGGCAGCCUCGAGGCCGCCGUGUGCCCUCCCUUCCAGUGCAGGCAGGAUGAGGCCUCCCUCACGCUGCUCCUGCAUGUGCCUGGCAUCCAGCCCCAGAGCCUCAGCGGGGACGUGGGCCCGAACCACUACAGCCUCUGCUUCUCAAGUGACAGUGGUGCCUAUGCCCUCUUCUUACAGUUUCCUCCCUCAAACAGGCUGGCAUCCCCCGAGACCAGCGUUAGCGUGUCUGCCCACAAUGCUGCCAUUGGGCUCGCCAAGGCCCCCGGCAGCACCGGGCCCUGGGAGAAGUUCUGCUUCGGCCUUGACACCUCCGCUCUGCAGGAGAGAUUGUUUGUCAGUGAAGAAAACGUUGAUGAAUUUCUAGGCACUGUUUUAUGCCCUUCCUUUUGCUCCCAAUCAGCGCUGGAAAGUCAGCCAUUAAUUGAAGUGCUUGAUGUUACUGAGGACAGAAUUCAAAUCAGGUUGAAGCCGCAGGAAGCAGUCCCUUCUGAAUGUGAUGGAAAAGAAGAAAUGCUUAACAGCUCAGGAGGAGAUCUCGCUGAAAAGACAAACAGCGAGUACCCUCAAACAAAGGCAGAAACAAACUGUACUGCAGCUGACACAGUCGAAGGAGAACGUGGUACAGAAACCAACAAAACUUCCACAUCUUUUGCAACAGCUGAAACAAUAGGAAAAGUAGGUUGUAGUUCACACCAUUGUUUGCAGCAUGAACUUUCUGACACCAGUUCAGCAAUUCCCAGUGAAUCUAGGAUAAAGGAACCAGAUUUAGAAAGUGCUGUCAUAGUAGGAGAAACGGCGGUGGCCGCAGACUCUGAAAAACAAGCAGGCCUUCUGCUGGGGGGGCAGGCAAAAGCGGAAGGGGGCGAAGGGGCUGCGCCCACAGGGCUGGCGCGGGGGAACCAGCACAGCUCAAACAGCAGACCAGUCUCCCCGCUCCUGCGAGAAGUGAACACACAGGAUGGGAGCGUGCACAUUGUUAGGGAUCACGUAACAUGCUGCCCAGUCGUGUUUCAGAACCCUUUGCUGUAUGAGUUGGACUAGUUUAAUUAUUGUAGGAUUUCCUUCUGUUGUUUGAUACUUACUGCAACUUCCACAAGCUGGUUUGACUUCAGGGCUAAGAGUAGGACAACGGGUUCCUACUGAAACCGUUUUGUUUACAUGUCAAUGUAGAAUACUUACAAUAAUUCUAUAAAUCUAAUACUUUUUCUUGUUAGUUUUUGAAGUUAAUAGGUCUGAGUUUUCUCAUCACAUGUAUGGGCCGAAAUAGUUUUACUGACAAGGAGGAUGCAGUUGAAGGUGAAUCUGAGCUUGUGGAAGAAAAUGCAUCUUUAUUGUUUACAUUACUUUCUUGGUCUCUUGCUACAUUACAGGGAGUGUUUCUAUAUACCCUCCUUCUAACGGCUUCCUCAGGAACUGCUGGUUUUAGUCCACCUAGAAAUAAGCAUUAUUCAUCAUGUUUUCAAACCUUUCAUUUGGGGUAACUGCAGGAUUAGACUUGCAGUGAUUUUUAGCAAUCAAAUGAAAUUUCUAAUUACACAGAGAAGUUCUAAUUAGUUUCUUAGAAAUAGUCAACAUUCAUGCCAUGUAUUCCAUCCUAGUACGUUAUUUAGAUCUGCAGCACCCAGACAGACCCCAGUCCGUCAACUGAACACAUUUGAUUGCACAACAAAAACACCCUCUCUGUUGUACGGCUGCUAUGUGUAUAUGCAAUUUGUAAAAUGGAUUGACUUCAUCCAGAUCGGAUUUACUUUUUGAAAAGUUCCCCACAAGCCGCAGUGUGCUGUUCCCUGUAUUGCUCUCAAGUGUGAUAACCAAAAGAGCCUAUUAAUAAACUUUCGGUUCCCUUUCUCACUGCUUCCAAAAUAACUUAUGUUUUCUUUUGAGUUGUACAAGACACGAAUGUGCUUUGACAAAAAUUAAAUUUGACUUGUUUCACAACUGC